AUGAAGGAAAUAAUGCUCCUUAUGAACACUUUAGUAGCAGCACAGGGCACCCCAGGAACUCAGUUCAUUACUCCAAUGCUACAACAGUCAGUACUCACAGGUACCAUUCCGACAUCUCGGAAUACAGUCAAUACCUCUUCAGUGGGGAAGAAACCUAGAAAGAUUGAUCUUCAUCCAGAACGAGCAGUGCAUAUAAAUCCAACUAAUAUUGAAGCCACUCGACUAAAUCCCGCAUCUCCUUCAGGGAGCCAACGGGAAGGGUCCACUAAACUGUUAGGAAAAAGCAAGAAGUUCAAGCAAGAACUACACCCUCAUGUCACCACUAGCUUUGUUGAUUUGAUCGGGUCAAAGAAGGGCAGGCGGGGCCUGGACAAGGCAAGACGGACAGUUUUGAUUCGGGCGGAAAAAUGA